GCCGGGUGCGAGAGGCGGCAGCGCGCGGCGGGGAACGGAGCCGAGCGGAGACCGAAGUCGGUCGGGGGACAGUGGGUCUGUGAGAGACCGAAUAGAGGGGCUGGGGCUGCGAGCGCCGCUGACACACGAUGGGAAAGAAGCAGAAAAACAAGAGCGAAGACAGUGCCAAGGAUGACAUUGAUCUUGAUGCCUUGGCUGCAGAAAUAGAAGGAGCUGGUGCUGCCAAGGAACAGGAACCUCAAAAGGCAAAGGGGAAAAAGAAAAAGGAGAAAAAAAAGCAAGAUUUUGAUGAAGAUGAUAUCCUGAAAGAACUGGAAGAAUUGUCUUGGGAAGCUCAAGGCAUCAAAGCUGACAGAGAAACUGCUACAGCAAAGCCAACAGAAAGUAAUGAAGAUGAAUCCACCUCAAAACAAGAUAAAAAAAAGAAAGGACAGAAAGGCAAAAAACAAAGUUUUGAAGAUAAUGAUAGUGAAGAAUUGGAAGAUAAAGAUUCAAAAUCAAAAAAGACUGCAAAACCCAAAGUGGAAAUGGACUCUGGGAGUGAUGAUGAUGAUGAUUUUAGUAAACUCUCCAAAAAAGCUAAAGGGAAAACUCAGAAAUCAAAUAAGAAGCGGGAUGGGUCAGAAGAGGAUGAGGAUAACAGUAAAAGAAUUAAAGAUUGUAUGAGAGUACCUUCUUCUGGUGAAAGUAGUGAUGAAUCAGAUGAAUUUUUGCAGUCCAGGAAAGGACAGAAAAAAAAUCAGAAAAAUAAACCAGGUCCUAAUGCAGAGAGUGGGAAUGAAGAUGACGACUCCUUCAAAAUUAAGACAAUGGCUCAAAAGAAGGCAGAAAAGAAAGAGCGUGAGAGAAAAAAGCGGGAUGAAGAAAAGGCAAAACUGCGGAAGCUGAAAGAAAAAGAAGAGCUAGAAUCUGGUAAAAAGGAUCAGAGUAAACCAAAAGAAUCUCAAAGGAAAUCUGAAGAGGAAGCUGUAAAAUCCAAAGUGACUCUUGAUUCUGGAGCACCUCCUGCCUCUGAAGAGAAAGGAGAGGCUCGCACAGCUGCUGAAGAUGACAAUGAAGGAGACAAAAAGAAAAAAGAUAAGAAGAAAAAGAAAGGAGAAAAGGAAGAAAAAGAAAAAGAGAAGAAAAAAGGACCUAGCAAAGCCACAGUUAAGGCUAUGCAAGAAGCUCUGGCUAAGCUUAAAGAAGAAGAGGAAAGACAGAAGAGAGAAGAGGAAGAACGGAUAAAACGGCUUGAAGAAUUGGAAGCCAAGCGUAAAGAAGAGGAAAGAUUGGAACAAGAAAAAAGAGAAAGGAAAAAGCAAAAAGAAAAGGAAAGAAAAGAACGCUUGAAAAAAGAAGGGAAACUUUUAACUAAAUCCCAGAGAGAAGCCAGAGCCAGAGCCGAAGCUACCCUUAAACUUCUACAAGCUCAGGGUGUUGAAGUGCCAUCAAAAGACUCUUUGCCAAAGAAAAGGCCAAUUUAUGAAGAUAAAAAGAAGAAAAAAACACCACAGCAGCUGGAAAAUAAAGUAUGUGAACCAAUGGAAUUAAGUGCUGCUGUAGAAGUUGUGGAACAAGGAGUACCUGAAAAAGAAGAGACACCACCUCCUGUUGAACCAGAAGAGGAAGAAGAAACUGAGGAUGCUGGAUUGGAUGAUUGGGAAGCUAUGGCUAGUGAUGAGGAGAGAGAAACAGGAAACACAGUGCAUAUAGAAGUAAAAGAAAACCCUGAAGAGGAAGAGGAGGAAGAGGAGGAGGAGGAGGAUGACGAAGAGAGUGAAGAAGAAGAGGAAGAAGAAGGAGACAGUGAAGGCAGUGAAGGCGAUGAAGAAGAUGAAAAGGUGUCAGAUGAGAAGGAUGUGGGGAAAACAUUAGAUAAAAAGCCAAGUAAAGAAGUGAGCUCAGAAUCUGAGUAUGACUCUGAUGAUGAUCGAACUAAAGAAGAACGGGCUUAUGACAAAGCAAAACGGAGGAUCGAGAAACGGAGACUUGAACAUAGUAAAAACAUAAAUACAGAGAAGCUAAGAGCUCCUGUUAUUUGUGUACUUGGACAUGUGGACACAGGGAAGACAAAAAUUCUAGAUAAACUCCGUCACACGCAUGUACAAGAUGGUGAAGCAGGUGGUAUUACGCAGCAAAUUGGUGCCACCAAUGUUCCUCUUGAAGCUAUUAAUGAACAAACGAAGAUGAUUAAAAAUUUUGAUAGAGAGAAUGUACGGAUUCCAGGAAUGCUGAUUAUUGACACUCCGGGGCAUGAGUCUUUCAGUAAUCUGAGAAACAGAGGAAGCUCUCUUUGUGAUAUUGCCAUUUUAGUUGUUGAUAUUAUGCAUGGUUUGGAGCCCCAGACAAUUGAAUCUAUCAACCUUUUGAAAUCUAAAAAAUGUCCCUUCAUUGUUGCACUCAAUAAGAUUGAUAGGUUGUAUGACUGGAAAAAGAGCCCGGACUCCGACGUGGCUGCCACUUUGAAGAAGCAGAAAAAGAGCACGAGAGACGAGUUUGAGGAGCGGGCGAAGGCUGUGGUCGUGGAGUUUGCACAGCAGGGGUUGAACGCAGCUUUGUUUUAUGAGAAUAAAGAUCCCCGCACUUUUGUGUCCUUGGUACCUACCUCUGCACAUACUGGUGAUGGCAUGGGAAGUCUGAUCUACCUUCUUGUCGAGUUAACUCAGACCAUGUUGAGUAAGAGACUUGCACACUGUGAAGAGCUGAGAGCACAGGUGAUGGAGGUUAAGGCUCUCCCAGGAAUGGGCACCACUAUAGAUGUAAUAUUGAUCAACGGGCGUUUGAAGGAAGGAGAUACAAUUAUUGUUCCCGGAGUAGAAGGGCCCAUUGUCACUCAGAUUCGAGGCCUCCUAUUACCUCCUCCUAUGAAGGAGUUAAGAGUAAAGAACCAAUAUGAAAAGCAUAAAGAAGUAGAAGCAGCUCAGGGGGUAAAGAUUCUUGGAAAAGACCUGGAAAAAACAUUGGCUGGUUUACCCCUCCUCGUGGCUUAUAAAGAAGAUGAAAUCCCAAUUCUUAAAGAUGAACUGAUCCAUGAGUUAAAGCAGACACUAAAUGCUAUCAAAUUAGAAGAGAAAGGAGUCUAUGUCCAGGCAUCUACACUGGGAUCUCUGGAAGCUCUACUUGAAUUUCUGAAAACAUCAGAAGUGCCCUAUGCAGGAAUUAACAUUGGUCCCGUCCAUAAGAAAGAUGUUAUGAAGGCUUCGGUGAUGUUGGAACAUGAUCCUCAGUAUGCAGUAAUUUUGGCCUUUGAUGUGAGAAUUGAACGGGAUGCGCAAGAAAUGGCUGACAGUUUAGGAGUUAGAAUUUUUAGUGCAGAAAUUAUUUAUCAUUUAUUUGAUGCCUUUACGAAAUACAGACAAGACUACAAGAAACAGAAACAAGAAGAAUUUAAACACAUAGCAGUAUUUCCCUGCAAGAUAAAAAUUCUCCCUCAGUUUAUUUUCAAUUCUCGAGAUCCGAUAGUGAUGGGCGUGACUGUGGAAGCAGGCCAGGUGAAGCAGGGGACACCCAUGUGCGUGCCUAGCAAAAAUUUUGUUGACAUUGGAAUAGUAACAAGUAUUGAAGUAAACCAUAAACAAGUGGAUGUUGCAAAAAAAGGACAGGAAGUCUGUGUCAAAAUAGAACCCAUCCCUGGUGAAUCUCCCAAAAUGUACGGAAGACAUUUUGAAGCUACAGAUAUUAUCGUCAGUAAGAUCAGCCGGCAGUCCAUCGACGCCCUCAAAGACUGGUUCAGAGACGAAAUGCAGAAGAGUGACUGGCAGUUAAUUGUGGAGCUGAAGAAAGUGUUUGAGAUCAUCUGACUUUUCCACACGGGUCAGGAAUUGGAGUAAAUGCAAAAUGGUGUUGUCAUACUACCAAGAAAACAAGGCAGACAAUGGAAUGGACCUAUCUGAAAACUGAUGAGCUAAGCAUAGAAGGAAGAAAAUAGGUGUAUAAGAUGUUUUCCAUGAGAAACCAAGAAACUUACACUGGUUUGACAGUGGUCGAUUACACGUCCCCACAGCUCCGGCGUGCCUGCUCACUCGUCCACGCCUUGCCCAGUCCUCCUCUACUGGCUGCUGUUUUAAAGGUUGCCCUUCCCCAAAUUUGGAUUUUUAUUACAGAUCUAAAGCUCUUUCAAUUUUAUACUGAUUAAAUCAGUACUGCAGUAUUUGA